AUAGUUUUUAGAAGAGCUUAAUAAUUGUAGCUUUUUCGACUUCGUUUUCCAUUCGUACAAGUACAACACAACCCAACGCCAACGGGUCUGAAACCCAGGAACCUUCAUACCAAAGGAAGCUAUAAAAUGUUUAAAAAGAUUCCACACCUGUAACGACUAUUUUUACAAUCAUUGCCAACGUUCAUUUCAUUUCUCCUCCUCGACUCUCUCUCUCUCAUAGCCUAGCUAGCUCUCGCAAAAAUGAACGAGUCACACUCCGAGUUACCCUUUAACACCACCACCAACUACAAUAGCAACAAUAGUGGUGUUGACAUUCCAACCGAGCUCGUGAGUGAAGAAGAAAUGGCUUCCAUUGAAGCUGCCUUAGCCUCCACUAGCUCUUCUCUAUCUUCCUCUACAGUCGCUGAGCUCGUUAGCGAAGAAGAAAUGGCUUCCAUUGAAGCUGCCUUAGCAUCCACAUGCACUUUACUCUCUUCCUCUACAGCCUCUGUGCUCGUGAGCGAAGAAGAAAUGGCUUCCAUUGAAGCUUCCUUGGCCUCUACUCGCUCUUCACUCUCUUCCUCUGCAGUCCCUGCAAUUUGUUCAACCUCUCAGUCUCGCUCUCACUCUCAGUAUGAGUUCCAGAGAAACGCGAGGUCUAUUCAGUCAAUCACCCUCCGAGCCAAAAGAAGGAUCUCGUUUUGUACAGAACCCUCCGAUAUUGAAGAUUUGGGAAGCCUUAGGAGUAACCAGAAGAAGAAGAGCAGAUUGGCUGACUCGUUUUUCCACCGCUUUAGGAACAAGACUGGCUUGUUUGUCAGAGAUAUCACUGCAACGGAAUGGUGUGAAAAACAAAUGGAGUUUCGUCUUCUCUUUGGCCAGAGAAAGAAUACUGAAGCUAUGAAAAUAGGUCGAGCUCGCCAUGCAAAACUUGAAGAAGAGGUUGUAAAAAAAGUGGAUCUUCAUGUCAAAUCAGUUGAGGAUGCAUGGGCUGUGAAGCUUACGAAUUUUAUAAUUGGUGCAAAUCAAUUAUUGCUUGACGGAUUAACACGAGAGCUGCCACUAAUAGGCUUUGCAGAAGGUGUCUGGAUGGUGGGAAUGGUUGAUGAGGUUCGAAUGCCAGUAACUGAAACUGAUAGAAACCCGAUCUUAGUUGACAUCAAGACUCGUGUGCAAGAUACACUUCCUGCAGAACCACAGAGAAGAAAUGGAAGGCUUCAGUUAAUGUGCUACAAGUAUCUGUGGGACAAUUUAGUAGCUGAUAGCUUCCCUUCAAAACAGUUUUUUGAUUUCUUUUCCUUGGAUCUAUAUUAUAUCUUAUCCAAAGAAAUCAGAGAGAACACAGCUAAGUCAGGGUUCCCUGUGAAGACCCUUGAUGAUGUGGUGAGAUGUUAUAGAAAUAUAUGUAGCAAGCUGUCCCCUGCUAAACACGAGCUGUUAUUGAGAUAUGAAUACCAAAAAGAUAAUUCAGUGCUUGGUGAAGAUCGGUUUGCAUAUGACUCUGAUUGGCUCAAGAGUCAAAUUAUGAGCUGCCUUGAGUUUUGGCUGGGAGAGCGAGAAGCCAAUUGCACUCCAAAGGAAGAGCGCUGGAAAUGCUGGUUUUGUGAAUUUUCUUGUGUCUGUCCUACUAACACUAACCCCGAUAAUACACAAGGCCCUAUUACUGACAAUCCAAAUAGUACACCAAGCUAGAGAAGGCGCUGACCUUCUCCUACAUUGCUUUGAUUAGCAUCCUCAAUAAUGUUGCAGUAAGCAGAUCAUGCAACCUUUCCGCAAAGAGGCUACAGUUUUAUUCAAGCUUCUUUGCCGUAUAUGCUGACCAGAGCCAUAUGGGCUAGCUAUUGGGUCUGUUGUUAGGGAUGUGCUAUAAUUAUGUAUUAUAUGUCUUAUUUAUGCAUCAAAUGUAUCUGUUGUAGGUGAUGAUAUUCAUUGUUGUAAAAUUGAUUAGCUGAUUGUACUUUUCAUUAUCAUAUA